AUGUCGGCAGUAAAAAAGGCGGCUGGCAACACUGUGUGUGGGCUACAGUAUCAUCUAGUGAACUACGAUCAUGAUAAUCCAACGCCUGCCACCCCGGCUUCUGUUAGCCACCGUAAGAAGGGCAGAUCGACGAGGGCUCCAGUGCCAACCGGUGACAUAGCCCUGCAAAGUCCUCCUAAAGAAGCCCUAACUUUUGCGGAAGCGCAGAAAGUGGUCCAGUUUGAGAUAGAUGGCAAAAUCAGCAGGAUUCCUAUAGAUCAGCCUCUGCCGAUUAUGUCGCUUGAGGAUUGGGAAAAGAACAACGCAGAGCUUGAAAAACCAGUGCCGUUUGUUGAACCUCCGCCUGAACCGCACGUUAAGUUGCCUGAGGCCAGCUUUAAGCUUAUCGAAGAUUACAAUGAAAGAGUCUGUGAUGCUCCUCCCCGCCCAAAUGCCUACAUCCGCUUCAUAGAGAAAUCCGCCGAGGAACUAGACGGUGAGGUGGAGUACGAUGUGGACGAGGAAGAUACGGCUUGGCUGGACAUCAUCAACAAGACGAGGGUCAAGCAAGGUCUGCCGCCUGUUUCGGUGGAUACUUUGGAGCUGUUGAUGGAUAGAUUGGAGAAAGAAUCCUAUUUUCAGGCGUCCCAAACCGGCCAACAAACAGCAGCGCAGGUGGAUGAAGACGCAGUCUGCUGCAUCUGCAUGGACGGUGAAUGCCAGAACACCAAUGUGAUCCUGUUCUGUGACAUGUGCAACUUGGCCGUGCACCAGGACUGUUAUGGAGUACCCUACAUACCCGAGGGCCAGUGGCUGUGCCGCCGAUGUCUGCAGUCCCCAUCACGCCUCGUCAAUUGCGUACUCUGCCCUAACACUGGAGGAGCUUUUAAACAGACAGACCAAGGCACCUGGGCCCACGUGGUUUGCGCCCUCUGGAUACCUGAAGUUCGUUUUGCGAACACCGUGUUCCUGGAACCCAUAGAUUCGAUCGAGAUGAUCCCAGCAGCCCGCUGGAAGCUGCAAUGUAUGGUGUGCAAGCAGCGAGCCUCCGGCGCUUGCAUCCAGUGCCACAAGAGCAACUGCUACUCUGCGUUCCACGUGACGUGUGCUCAACAGGCUGGGUUAUACAUGAAAAUGGAGGCGGCCGGCGCCGGGCGAGACCCCAGCCAGCCGGUGCAAGUCGCCAAGAUGGCGUACUGCGACGCGCACACGCCGGCGCACGUGCUGCAGGAGCGCAGGGCCGCCGACGCCGAGGGGGACGCCAAGCCGUCCGACCUGUCCGCCAUACGGCAGAAGGGGCGCGAGAAGAUCAAACAGGCUCGUCGAGUCCUCGCAAUGAAGCGCACCUGGGCACCAGUGGUCCUCGUGCCCACUCUACCCGCCUCGCGGGUCGCGGAAGUAGCCGCGCUCGCGCACGGGCCGCCCGCGUCGCGGGCCCAGCUCAUGAAGCGCCUCCUCGCCUACUGGACGCUGAAACGGCGGAGCAGGAAUGGAGUCCCGCUGCUGAGGAGGCUGCAGAGUGCAGCCUCACACCACGGUACCAGAGGAAUCCAAGAUGGUACGGUCAACGUGCGAGAACUCUGCAACCAACUGAAGUAUUGGCAAAGGAUACGCCAAGAUCUGGAGAGAGCUAGACUUCUAUGCGAACUGGUCCGCAAACGCGAACGCCUAAAGGCCGAGCACACUCGUGCCUGGGAACGCCUCAUCCUGCACUCGUUGCGGCCCGAGCGCGCCGUCCUGCAGAAACUGCUGCGUCUCCUGCGGCAGCGCGACCACAGCGACGUGUUCACGGAGCCCGUUGACCUGCUGGAGGUGCCUGACUACAGUACAGUAGUCAAGCACCCAAUGGAUCUCAGCACUAUGGGGAAGAAGCUCGACCGAGGCGCUUACAAAACCAUAGACGAUGUGGAAGCGGACUUCUCACUCAUGAUCGACAACUGUCUCGCUUACAACAACAAGGACACAGUUUUCUAUAAGGCCGCGAUAAAAAUGCGCUCGCAAUGCCUCCCGAUCUUCCGUCAAGCGCGGCGCGACGUCCGCGCGGCCGCCAUGUCUCAACUAGCCGGCGACGGACCCGACUCCAGUCCCGAGCGAGAGGCGCCGCGCGAGCGGGACAGGGCGAGGUCCGUCAGGAGCCGCGCGAGCAGCAGGGCCAGCAGCAGCGACACCAACACUGCCGACACGCGGAGUGAACGCGCCGUGUCGCGAGCUCGCAGCCGCACUAGCAGAGCUUCGCCCCGCAGAAGUCCUCGCCGGGAUUCUGAUGAUGACAACAAUACUCGCGAGAGCUCCCCGGCGGUGUCGAAGUCCAAAGUGAACGCCAACUGGUGGCGCGGCCGCGGGCGGGGGCGCGGGCGCGGGCGGCGCGGGCGCAGGGGCAGGGGCCGCGGCCGCAGCCAAGCGCGAGAACGCCCGCACCGAGGCAACCCAGCGGUGACAGAUACGCCGACCUCAGGCUCCGAGACUCCAGCACCGUCCAAAUCCGUCGAGCGUACACAGAAGCUGUCCACUCCGGAGAAAUCGCCGCACAAGUCGCCCAAUAAAUCUCCUGUAAAGUCUGCCAAAUCGCCGCUCAAGUCUCCCAGUUCAGGUUUAGGCCUGCUCGGUGGUUUGAGGAAGCCAACUCUACUGCUACCUCCAACGUCCGUCGCUACGCCGCCUAAAAGCUUCGGAUCCGAUGCAUCACUCCCCACUUUAUCAGCCAGCCUCGGCAGGCCGCUGGAACCCUCGCCCAAGAAGAAAGGCCGCGGACGGCCCAGAAAGUGCGAUAAGGACAAACAGGCUUCUUCACCAGACUUAUUUCGGACGGGCCUCGGCGAAGGCAAGCCGCUGGCCACGCCUGUGCCCGCCUCGUUCCUGCAGUACCGCGGGACUACUGGCGAGGCCGGCUCGGACAGCGACCUCGCGCUCUCCAGAUCCUCGUCGAACAGUUCCGUGUGGUCGUCGUGUUCAUCGUGCACACAUUACGCUUCCGACCGCUCGCGCUCCGCCAGUUCCAGCGAUGGGUCGAGUUACAACGACACGAUGGAUUCCACGCUCGAAGGCAGCGGCGCCGACCGCCGGGACCGGCGCAGGCGCACUUCGCAGUCCGACCAAAGCCGCUCUGAAGUGGACUCGCCCACUACACCUGUUAAGGGCCGCGGCACGCGCUCGUCCACGUCGAAGACGCCGGUGAAGAGCUCGCUGCAGCCCGACGCACUGCUCGAGCCGCUGCAACUCGUCUGGGCCAAGUGCAGAGGCUACCCCUGGUACCCAGCGCUAAUCAUCGACCCCAAAAUCCCAAAAGGCUUCAUCUACAACGGCGUCCCACUCCCCGUACCACCACAGGACGUUCUCAACCUCAAGAAGAACCAUUCUCACGAGCCCGUUCUUUAUUUAGUACUAUUCUUCGAUGUUAAACGCACGUGGCAAUGGCUACCACCAAAUAAAUUAGAACUACUAGGGGUUGAAAAGGGUAUAGACCAAGUUAAAUUGGUUGAGAGUCGUAAGCCAGCGGAUAGAAAAGCGGUGAAGAAGGCGUAUGGUGACGCGAUGCAGUUCAGGAAGCAGGUGGAUGGCGACAAAUGACAAAGGUUUAGGUACAGGUCGAGGAGGCCCAAUAGGAAUAGGACUUUCAGCUUCGGGAACUUCUCUAUGAUGCAUAUUAGGACGCCGGAGGAUACGAGCGAUUCCAGUGAUUAAGGUUGAUUACGUAUUUUGUAGUAUACACGGUGCUCGUGAGCAUUGCGAGAGAUUUUAACAACAUAUUCCUAAUCGCAUUUUAAGACUAAAAUGUCAAAUAUACUUUUGUAGAUUUCUCCUAGUUUCA